AGGGGGGGGGGGGGCAAUUUAAUAGAUUUUAAGCAUCUUGCGCAAAAGGAUUCAACGUAAAGGAACGGGUAAAUUACUAGCCCAAUUCAGUGAGAGCUGUCCACAGCGUGCCACUAACAUUUUGUACAGUUUACAGGAGGUAUUACCGGCAGCUUCACCAACAAGGCCUAUAUUUGUUCAUGUAGGAUCUCCAGUAUUGCUACAAUAUCGUUCGAAUUUGACAAAAAAAUUGAACUCUCUCGAUGCGUACAUUACAAGUUACGUGAAAUUGAAUUAGGCUACAACCACUUGUACUUAAUGCUGUAUGAAAUACAGAACUGAAUAAAUGCCACAGAAAAAUUAUUAUGUGGAACAUACAAACCAGACGAAUAUAUGAACUUGCAAAAAUAACGAUUGCUGUAAACUAAGUGGAGUUACGGAAUAUUUCUGUCUUAGGAGCAAGAUAAUGCAGGCUAUAUACUGUAAUAAAUGAAUCUCAUUUCAUAGCAAUUACAAGGAGUAACGUAUUGGGCUGGUGUAUCCACUGGUAUUAAGUAGAUCAUCAAAAGACAAAUCUGUUCAUGUCGUAGCAGGAGAGGCAUUUAAUAUGUCUUGAAGUAAUGAGAUAAAAUAGUAAUAAAUAACAAGUGAUGACGUUAAAAAUCUUGGUUUAACCACCAUGGUUUUCUCUCUGUGGCCAACUUGGGCAAAGCUGCUGGCAAUAACAUUUAAAGUCUUGUGUAAGUAAGUGCUUUGCCACUAGUGUUAGUAUUGUUGACAUGAGAGUACAAUUUUAAAAAUCGAGAAAGAAAGAAGAUAGCAAAAUUAUAAAGCACACGAAACAGUUUUACACAUCAUUGUGCUGGUAAUAAUCUGAAGCAAUUAAUGUGGCAUGAAUUGUUAUGCCACAUGUAUUGUAGUUGUGCUAUGUGUAAAGUUUACUCAAAUUGUGCAGCAGUUGAUUUAAAUUUUAAGUGAUAUGGAUUUCCAGACACAAGAAAUAUACGGAUAAUUUGAAAAUAAGAAAUACAAAAAUAACUUUGUGUCUCUGUGGGUAAUGUCAAACAGUUCAGAAAUUCUUUGAGCAGUUUACACAAUUUUCUUUUUUGGUAAUGUUCUGUAUGUACAAGAAACGCUAAAUUACAAUUUGAUUUCAAUUCUUAAACUGUAGUGCCCUCUUUUGACUGGGUAAGCUGGAUCCUGACUCAGGGGGGAAAAAAGGCGAUACUACAUCAAUUAGAUGGACCUGUAGUGAUUUCUGCAGUCGGUAUAGUCAUUCUUAACGAGAACAGCAAUUCACCAGUAUUCAAGAUCUGACAGGUUGCUGGAAACUUCCGUCCUACAUAUUUCAUUACUGUGGAUAAAGCAGUCACAACAUGGAAGUAAUAAUUUUUCAGUUUGUUUGUUUGGUAGUUCUUUUUGUCAUUAUGACUGUAAGUGGGUCAAUACCUAUAGUCAUUAUAUGGAGGCGCAAGAAUGCUCAGUUAAGUGACAUUGCUGGCACAUUAAUAUCUGUAAGCAACUGUGUUGCUGGUGGUGUUUUCAUGGGGAUGUGUUUUUUAGGACUAUUUCCGUUUGUCAAGGAAAAGUUUAGAGAUGUUAUGGAAAAAAUGAAGCUGUCAACCACUUUCCCAAUAGCAGAGUUUGUCAUUGGCAUUGGCUUUUUCCUUAUUCUAACAUCAGAACAAAUUUUGAUCUCUAAAAAGAAAUUAAACUCAGCUCCUGUCAAGAAUUCAGCUCACACAUUUGUUGCUAGUGAUGAUGAUAAACAUGAAGAUGAAUCUCAUCUUGGACUUCUGGAAGCAGAGGCCAAUGAAAAACAAACUGACCAUGAGUUGCAAAAUGAUGAUAAUACGGAGCUUCAGCUAAGUGUAAGUGGUCAUUCACAUCUGGACACAAUACUUGUGACAGACAACACUUCUAAUCAGCGUAGUUUUAUGUUGUUACUCGCUGUUAGCAUACACUCACUGUUUGAAGGGAUUACAUUAGGCUUACAAACUGACAUGGUGAAACUCUUGCAUUUGUUCCUUGCAGUUUUAAUUCAUGAAGUACUCGUCGUACUCGCACUGGGUGUUAACAUAGCAAAGCGUAAUCUGGGCGUAACAAAAAGCUUUAGGUAUAUUCUGAUGGCCACUGGAAGUAUACCUGUUGGAAUGAUUGUAGGACUCCUUAUUGGAACAGCACCAGGCUUAUUUGGCAGUGUACUUUCAGCCUGUCUGCAAGGCAUUGCAGCAGGGAUUUUUAUACAUGUAACAUUUAUGGAAAUUAUGCCAGAAGAGUUUGUGAGGAAUAAGUAUCAACUGUGGAAAGUAUUAUUUUUUUUCAUUGGAUUCAUGUUAAUGGCAGUAGUGAGUUUCUUUUUAGAUAGUUACAAAUAAAGAUCCAUGUUCAUUUCGGAUAUUGAAGAAGAGGAAUAAUUUUCCGUAUAUUUGUCAUAUUUUGACAGUCUGCUUUCAGUGUGACUUAUUACACUUUGAUUUGAUGAAGACUGAGGAAAUAGUUCCUUGUUGUUAAUGCGUUGAAAAACAGUAUUUAUUAUAUA